AUGGUCGCAACGGUCAAAUAUGGCGCAUCUAUAUUUAUUCAUAAAUAUAGACAUUGCCGUUUUUCACCCUUCAUCGGGUUGUUUUCCUUUCGUUACUUAUUUUUCUCACUCGUUUUCAUUCGUUUUUUUCCUUCCAACUAUUUUUCCUUCAUUAUCUUCUCAUUCUUUUUUAUUCAUGCUUUUUACGUUUUUGGUCAAUUCUUUCUUAUUAGUAUUCAUUUUAAACCUUUCUUUUUUUUUCUUUUUUUUCUUUUUCUUUCUUUCUUUUUUUCAUUCCCCAGUUUUCAUUCAGUUUCUUCGUUUUAUCUUUAUGCAAAGAUUGUUUUUUUUUUCGAUUUACCUAAUUUUUCGUUUCUUUUCAAUUCUUUCUUUCUUUCUUUCUUUCUUUCUUUCUUUCUUUCUUUCUUUCUUUCUUUCUUUCUUUGUAGUUUCUCCUUUCCAUGCCAAACUUCUUUGAACUUUUUCUUUUUCCUAUUUACUUUUUCCUUUCCCAGUUUCUUUCUUUCUCUCUUUCUCCUUUUCUUUCUUUCUUUCUUUCUUUCUUUCUUUCUUUCUUUCUUUCUUUCUUUCUUUCUUUCAACCAUCUGUUAUUUGUUUGUUUUUUCUACCACAUUUUUAUUUGUUUAUUUUUUCUUUCCUUCUACCCCUUUGUUCUUUCUUUCUUUCUUUCUUUCUUUCUUUCUUUCUUUCUUUCUUUCUUUCUUUCUACCCUUUUGUUUCCUCGUUAAUUCUACUUAUGCUGUCCUUUUUUCUUUUCCACCCCCAUGCUGA